GGCGGGGCCGGGACCGGGCCGGGGCCGUGAGGGGGGGGCGCAGCCAUGGCGCAGCCCCGGGUGCUGCCGCAGAGCAAGGAGACCCUGCUGCAGUCCUACAACAAACGCCUCAAGGACGAUGUCAAAUCCAUCAUGGACAACUUCACCGAAAUCAUCAAGACGGCCAAGAUCGAGGAUGAAACUCAAGUUUCUCGAGCAACCCAGGGUGAACAAGAUAACUACGAGAUGCACGUCAGAGCUGCAAAUAUUGUCCGAGCUGGCGAGUCCCUGAUGAAACUGGUGUCUGACCUGAAGCAGUUCCUGAUCCUCAACGAUUUCCCCUCUGUGAACGAGGCCAUCAACCAGCGCAACCAGCAGCUCAGGAGCCUGCAGGAGGAGUGUGACAAGAAGCUGAUUGCCCUGAGGGAUGAGAUCUCCAUUGACCUGUACGAGCUAGAAGAAGAAUAUUACUCUUCCAGCUACAGUCUGUGUGACAGCAAUGAUCUCCCACUGUGCGAAGCCUACUGGAGACAAGACUUGGCCACGCUGUCCCCCGAGAGCCUCUCGAUGCCUCUGGCAGCCGCCACAGCCGAGCAGAGCGUUGUCACCUCGCAGAGUUCCACCCCUUCGCACCCACACGUCAACGGGCACGGGGCGGGCCCCGCCGAGCAUCCCUGAGGAGGAUCCGCUGCUGCCGGCCCGCGGCUCACCGGGGAUGGCCCCGCCGAGCAUUCCCAGGAUCCGCGGUUCAUCCGGGGAUGGCCCCGCGCUGCUGGAAGUCUUCCUGCUGCUGUGCUGAGCUGAGCAAGCGGCUCCUGCUGCCAGGAGGAGGCACUGGAGCUGUGCUGGCACUCCCUGCAUGGCUGCAGUGCUUCCUCCACGCCAGGACCUUGCCAGGAGUGUUGCUGUCCAUAAGAGAUAGAGAUGUGUAGGCACAAAGUGAAUCUCAUUAGAACAAAUUAGAGUCGGGUUUGUUUUAACGUGAUAGUCACGUGUAGAGUUCAUUAGAAGUCUUAGAAGUUUGUUUCCAUGUGAGUGUUGGGAGCUGAAUUUCUUUGGGAUAAACUUGAGCCAAAUGUGGGGGUAGUGAGUGUGUUGGGGUUUUUACUCUGCUUCCCAAGGUUAUUGACAUUCUGGCUGCUUUAAAGCUCUCUCAGGAUAGCAUCUGACAACCUCUGGUCUACUGUAAAGAGUCUUAUUGUAUUUUUACACAACAGUCUUCACUGUCAAAAUGCUUUACAAACUUGAACUCUUGAUUUGGAAGGAAGAUCCCAGGAGACCCUUAUGGAAGGACAAUGUUCCCCCCUAUAAGAAGAAAGCAGGGAUCAGACUGAGGGAUCAAUGACACCACUUGCUCAAAGCCACAAAGAGAAGCAGUGUCAUGCUUUAGUCAGUCGAUUCCUUCCUCAUUGUUUACACAGAAAUUCCUGCUAACGUAUUCUGAGCUAACAUGGAGCCACUGUUUAUGCUGGGUUUUGGUUUUGUCUAAUGAAAAAAUCUUGAGAGCAGCGAGGAAUACUCAGUUACUCUCAGUUUCCUUCCAAAGAAACGCAUUUGGUGCUUGGUCUGCAGCUGUUCAGCAGCUCAGCACAUCUCCUGUCCUUUCCUUUUGUGGUGGCUCUGCCUUGGCUGGAGCUGUGCAGCUGAAAGGGAGAUGCCACUGACCUGAACAGUGUCACCACAGCUCGGUGUCAGGGCACCACAGAGCCACCAGGGCAUUCCAACAACUGAGCUGAGCUUCCCCAGCCUUCUGCUGUAACGUCUCAUUUCUUAGGAUGUGAAUUUUUGCUAUUAUUUUUUUUUGUUUCUUUUUCUUCCAUUCCAUUUAUUUUUGUAACUAGGUGAUUUAAUAAAACUGCCUGUUUUGUAUAAUUUUUAA